GCAUUCUUGCCGCUCCGGGUUCUCCACUUCGUCAAACUCUUCAGUUUCUCGUUCGUGUCUGUCGGGAGUUGGAGAAAGCGAAGCGCAUGCGCAUCUCACUGGAACAUUUUCUUCGAGGAUAACGAGGGCACACUGUGAAAGACCGUAUACAGUAUGGAUGCAGGAGUUGUCAACCGUGCGGAGCCUACAAUUCUGACAGCAGAUGAUCCUUUCAGCACUUCAACGACCACCGAAGUUGCUGAUUAUACGAGUGUUCCGCCUGUAACUGAGGUUUCACUUUCAGCUUCCAAGACCGAUGAGAGUGUUGCUGCACCCAAAAAAUCGGAGGACUGGACCUACAAGCACAAUCCGAAUCGCGGAGCAGAUUACAGCAUGGAAGCUCCGAUCUUGGCUGAGGAUGUAGUGAGAGCAGGAGGUCUUGGCGCUAGGGAUGAGCUUGGCCACUUUUUGCCCUCUGCCAUGGAUGCUACAGAUUUUGAAGCAUCUCUGAGGGAUGCGCAGCAGUACGAGGAUGUAGGACCUGAAAGGGACGUGCCGAGACCUGGAGUUGGCUUUGUCAAGGAUCAGCAAAACCAGAUGGAUGGAGUUAGAGAGAUUUGAAUCGGAUAGCGUGUAGAAAUUAUAUCGAGAAAUCUCGGACGUGUUGCACACAAUUGGGAGUCCGAGACCUUUCUUGUGUUUUGCUUGUACAUUAUUUUUCUUCUUUCCAUUCUCAUCAGUCUUUGCUACUCUUUGCAGACUCCAUUGUCGUUGAAACUACCAAGGUUAUGGACAAAUCAUUGGGUGCUCACGCUUUAACACUAUCUCUUGUAAUAUAGAGAACGAAGAAAACUCGAAUAACCUUACUUGGAUAGGACUAGCAUGAGCUUUAAAACCAUUUUUGCACCUCAUUGCUCUGAACGUUGACCUUUGCUCGAUACGAUGAUGUAGAGAGCUCAAUAUUCGGGAGCUCUUGUACUGCCCAUCGUGAUUGUAAGGAGCAAAAGUUUGUUCAUUCGGCUGUGUUCAGACAAUAACGCCUUCCCAGCUAUUGCGGAUGAGCAUGUUAUUAUUCUCAAAGAAUAAUAACGUGAAUGCCGAAACAGAGAAACCAAGGCAGGACAGAUUCGAGAUGAGUGUAUCUGUUUUCGUACUUCAACCAAAGUCACCAAACCAGCAUUGAUUGUGAGCUUUUUGUCUAUCACCUUCAGCUCCAUCCAAUGUUAUCCUGUUCUGUACACAUCAGCCAUUUCUAUGAG